UGAGGAUGAGGAUGACGACCUUCAAUAUGCUGAUCAUGAUUAUGAAGUACCUCAACAAAAAGGACUGAAAAAACUCUGGAACAGAGUAAAAUGGACAAGAGAUGAGGAUGACAAGUUAAAGAAGUUGGUUGAACAACAUGGAACUGAUGAUUGGACUCUAAUUGCUAGUCAUCUUCAAAAUCGUUCUGAUUUUCAAUGCCAACAUCGAUGGCAGAAGGUUUUAAACCCAGAAUUGAUAAAGGGUCCUUGGACUAAAGAAGAAGACCAGAGGGUUAUUGAAUUAGUUCAGAAAUAUGGACCAAAAAGAUGGUCUUUAAUUGCAAAACAUUUAAAAGGAAGAAUAGGCAAGCAGUGCAGAGAGAGAUGGCAUAAUCACUUGAAUCCUGAAGUAAAGAAAUCUUCUUGGACAGAAGAAGAAGACAGGAUCAUAUAUGAAGCACAUAAGCGGCUGGGAAACCGUUGGGCAGAAAUUGCUAAAUUGCUUCCUGGAAGGACUGAUAAUUCUAUCAAAAAUCAUUGGAAUUCUACGAUGCGAAGAAAAGUAGAGCAGGAGGGCUACUUACAAGAUGGAAUAAAAUCAGAGCGAUCUUCAUCAAAACUUCAACAUAAACCUUGUGCGGCUAUGGACCAUUUGCAAACCCAGAAUCAGUUUUACAUACCUGUUCAGAUCCCUGGUUAUCAGUAUGUAUCACCUGAUGGCAAUUGUGUUGAACAUGUUCAGACAUCUGCCUUUAUUCAGCAACCCUUUGUUGAUGAAGAUCCUGAUAAGGAAAAAAAAAUAAAGGAACUUGAGUUGCUUCUUAUGUCAGCUGAGAAUGAAGUUAGAAGAAAGAGGCUUCCAUCUCAACCCGGAAGCUUUUCUAGCUGGUCUGGUAGUUUCCUCAUGGAUGAUAGCAUGUCUAACACACUGAAUAACCUUGAGGAACACACUACUGAGUUUUAUAGCAUGGAUGAAAAUCAGACUGUUUCUGCUCAGCAGAACUCACCCACAAAGUUUCUAGCUGUAGAAGCAAAUGCUGUAUUGUCUUCUCUACAGACCAUCCCAGAAUUUGCAGAGACUCUAGAACUUAUUGAAUCUGAUCCCGUAGCAUGGAGUGAUGUUACCAGUUUUGAUCUUUCUGAUGCUGCUGCUUCUCCUGUCAAGUCUACUCCAGUUAAACUAAUGCGAAUUCAACAUAAUGAAGGAGCCAUGGAAUGUCAAUUUAAUGUCAGUCUUGUACUUGAAGGGAAAAAGAACAGCUGUAAUGGUGGAGACAGUGAAGCUAUUCCUCUAACAUCCCCAAAUGUGGUCAAGUUUAGCACUCCACCAACCAUCCUCAGAAAGAAGAAACGGAUCCGAGUGGGUCAGUCUCUAGGCAACGAGCUUGGUGAUGGCUCAUUCAAUGAAGGCAGUAAUACAGCAUUAAAACACACACCAGUGAAAACACUACCAUUUUCUCCUUCACAGUUUUUUAACACAUGUCCUGGAAAUGAACAACUUAAUAUAGAAAACCCUUCGUUUACAUCAACCCCAAUUUGUGGGCAAAAAGUUCUGAUUACAACUCCUCUUCAGAAGGAAGCAACUCCCAAAGACCAAAAAGAAAAUGUAGGGUUUAGAACACCUACUAUUAGAAGAUCUAUAUUGGGUACAACGCCAAGAACUCCUACUCCAUUUAAGAAUGCACUUGCUGCUCAGGAAAAGAAAUAUGGCCCUCUUAAAAUUGUGUCCCAGCCACUUGCCUUCUUGGAAGAAGACAUUCGAGAAGUUUUAAAAGAAGAAACUGGAACAGACAUAUUCCUCAAAGAGGAAGAUGAACCUGCUUACAAAAGCUGCAAGCAAGAGCAUUCUGCAUCUGUGAAGAAAGUCAGAAAAUCACUAGCCUUAGAUAGCUGGGACAAAGAAGAACCAGGCACUCAGCUGCUAACUGAAGACAUUUCAGACAUGCAGUCAGAAAAUAUACUUACAACAUCUUUAUUAAUGAUACCAUUAUUGGAAAUACAUGACAAUAGGUGCAACUUGACUCCUGAAAAACAAGAUAUAAAUUCAGCCAACAAAACAUAUACACUUACUAAAAAGAAAACAAACCCUAACACUUCUAAAGUUGUCAAAUUGGAAAAGAAUCUUCAGUCAAACUGUGAAUGGGAAACAGUGGUAUAUGGGAAGACAGAAGACCAACUUAUCAUGACUGAACAAGCAAGAAGAUACCUGAGCACUUACACAGCUGCCAGCAGCACUUCAAGAGCUCUAAUACUCUAAUUGUUACUAACGCUGAAAAAAAUGACCUACCACCCCUACUGUGUUCUCUGCCAAAUUAGGUUGCAGUGAAAUUUGUCUCAGUUAAUUCUUUUAAAGGAUUUAAUACAUCCCUAAAAUGGUUCGCAUUUUUUUCUGUAUUGGUCAGGCAAAAAAACCUAAUAAGCCACUUAAAGUAAGGGGUAGGAAAAUUUAUUAUUUACUUUUUAAGAAAUGAGAGUUUUAAAAUUUGUUUUUAAAGAACAAAGUGGGAAAAUAAGGAUGUUCAUGGGUAUUCCAAAGCAAAUUUUCACACAAUUUCUUUACAGGAUAUAUGUCGCUACUUUCUCCAGGCUGUAGUCGUUAUAAACAAGUUAGUCUCUGUUUAGGACACAUGGGGGCUUAUGAGUACUUUUGCAUGCGUGCUGAUUUACUUAGAUGACCGUUUAUAAAGAAACUCAUGAGAAGCAGUCUCGAGGAAGCUAGAAAGUUGCACUACUAAUUUUUGGUAUUUUUCAGAAACAAUGAAAUUAACUACAGUGUUAAGAAUAUUUAUUUGAGCAUAGUAAUAAAAAAGCAUUGAAAGUGGUCUUUUUUUACUAGUAAAGAGUCAGUAUUUCUUCAUAAGUCUCAGAAGAGCUGAGAAUUCUGUUGAAUGUAUUGUACAGUAUGUAGGAGCAGGAAAACUGUGUAAAUUAGAAAGAUGUCUGUUUUUAUAAUUUAUUUUCAUUUUUAAAGCUUAAAUGUAGAUAUUUAUAUAUAUAUAUAUAUAUACUUAUGUGUGUGUGUAUAUAUAUAUAUAUAUACACAGGGUGUCUAGAAGCCAGUGUUGUUCCUUGUCAUUACAGCUAACAUAGUCAAGAAUAAGUUUGACUUUCAAGUAUGAAAUAGUUAAGUUAUAGCUGCAAAGAAUACAAUAUCUAUACUGUAUGUCACAUCUACCUAAAUAUUGCACUAUAUCCUUUAAAUCAUGUUGGUUAUAAAGUAGUUCUAAAAUGUACUAAAUAAUAAUUUAAUAUUUUCUUUUUAAAUUAUAUUGGAGGUCAUAAAUUAAUCUGGUGAUUUGUGUAUGUGUUUGAAAUUUUCAUUUUGUUUAAAAGACAAUAUGGUACCCUGCUCCCUAAAACAGUCUGCACUUAGAAAGUUUAUUGUAUUUACUCAAUGUUUCAGAAUUAGAAAAUAUUAUCUUUUAUUUAUACAAAUACUUUGUCCUUUUAUAAAUGUUUUGUGUUUCCAGGUUACAACAGUUGCUUCAGUUGCCUGUUUAGGUGUUUGCACUUAUUUUAUUUCUUUUUGAAAGAAUGUCUUUGCUUAUGUGGUAGAGAUUUUAUCUAAUUUUUGAGACAUAUAAUGGUGUUCUGUCAACCUAAACACUGACAGGCAAAUAGAAUUGUACACUGUAGUUUGAAUUAUUUAUAAUUGACACACUCUCUCCCUCUCCACUCCUGAAGUAUGCUGCUAUAGUAAGUAGCAGAAUCGGCUUGCUGCUAUGAGAGAUGGAAAGAGCGACCACCACUUGCACUGUGUGAAAAGAUAAGCAAAUGAUGGCAAGUUCUCAAGUUAACUUAAUGGAUUCAACUAUUACCAAGCAGAUUCUUACAAAGACCAAAACACUACUCUAUGCCUCAAGACCAAACCAAACAAAACAGCUUAAGAUUUUAAAAAAUCUAUUUAUCUGUUAAUAGAAAUGGGACUACUGAAUAUUUUAAUGUCUAAUUCUUCAACAGUAGACCUAAUAAGGUUUUAAGCUUUAAAUCCAAUUGCUAGUUUUUGCAUACUAUAUGUUAGUGAGAAGUAAAGAAUAUGUGUGGUGGUACUAAGAUUAUGCCUUCUUGAUAACUAAUAGGUAAGGAAAUUUGAAUCUUCUUAGCAUGUUAAAUAUGUUGAUUUUUUCUAAUUAAUGAACUUCUCACAGAAAUGUUUGUAAAACCAAUGAUUGUGAAAAAUCAUAUAUAUCAUUUCAGUUACUUUGGGGUGAUAAUAGCACAUAAUUCCUUUAAAAAAUGUAGUCUUUAGCUGCAUUGGAUACAAUAGUCCCCCAUUGCCAAAGUAAAGUAUCUCAGAUAUGCUACAUAUUUUGAAACAUAAUUUUUCUUGAGCAUUAAGUUAACACAAAUGUUAAUAUAUUGUAUAUAAGCCUGGACUUAUGGAAUGUAGUACAUAUUUGGGUUGGUGUUGGUUGAAUCCUCAAGUUAACUGCUUUGUUGCUUUUUUUUUUUUUUUUGCAAGAUUUGUAAUCAUAAACAUGUCAGGCAUCUUAAGUCAUCUUUUUUACUGUUCAUUUGGAUUCUUCAGUUUUCUGAAGAUGCCAGGCAUACAGGUAGCAGCCAUACAUGCAUGGAAACUGACUACACACAUACCAUACUGCAUUUUAUUGUAAGGUUUUCACAUUAAUACGGCAAUUACACUGACUAAAUUGAGUUUUUUUAAUAUAUGAGAAAACUUGGCAUUGUAAGAGAAUCUUGCAGACAAUGUUGAAAUCUAUUGACAUCCAAAUAAAGCAUCUGUGUACAAGCUGA